GUUGUUAGAGCUCUCUCCUCUCUCUCUCAUGCCAUGCUGGGCCAGAUAGGCUCAGUCAGACGUGUAUUUACCCAUAUCCGGGUUAGAGAGGAAAAGAAAAAAAAAGUUUCAUUUAAACCUGAACUAAAAACUUUCAACAUGAAAUCCCACAGCAAGAACAGGCAUAGACCCAUCAGCUCCGGCGGGUGCGGACCACAGUAAUCGGGGCAGCCCGCUCUGCGUCCGUAGCCGGCUUACUUGACCCAGGAUCUCCCGGCGGGGGGGAACCGGAGCGGCAGGACCGGGAUCCAUGCUAGGGGUCGGCGGCGAUGGGACUAGCAGCGGCGGCGGCGGCGGCUUGAAUAAUGUAGCUCCCCAUCACCUCCACCACCAUAAUGAACUGAACAUGGCCAAUAAUGCGAGCUCUGCCGCCGCCGCCGGCAGCGGCGGCAGCAGCAGCAGCUCGUCCGAGUCGGCUCUGAAGGAAGGUGGGAACGCCGCGGUCUUAUCCUCCUCCUCUUCCUCCUCCUCCUCCUCCUCCUCCUCCUCCUCGUCUGUCCCGGCCAUGGAGACGGGGCUGCUCCCCAACCACAAACUGAAAAACGUUGGCGAUCCCCCCGCUGCACCUCCCCACCACCAGCAGCACCACCAUCAUGCCCACCACCACCACCACCACCACCAUCCUCACCAUCUCCUCCACCACCACCAUGCACUACAGCAACAGCUAAAUCAAUUCCAGCAGCAGCAACAACAUCCAAUUUCCAACAACAACAACAGCCUCGUCGUCGUCGUUGGCGGCGGCGGCAGCAACAACGGAGCGGGGGGCAGCGGCGCUGCUGCUGCUGCUGCUUCUGCUGCUGCUGCUGCUUCUGCUCAGCCCAGUCCUGACAUGGAGCCCCAGCAACAUGGAGGAGGCAAAGACGGUGUUUUGGGAAAUCAGGCCGAGACCCAAGCGCAGCAGUUGCUGAGCAAGUCAGGCGAGGAGGAAGAGCUCCCGACUAAAAUGGGGGAGCAGAUGGGCGGCCGGUACGAGCACCCCAGCCUGGGAGCUUUGGGCGCGCAGCAGCAGCAGCAGCAGCAGCAACAGCAGCAGCAGCAGCAACAGCAGCAGCAGCAACAGCAGCAGCAGCAGCAGCAGCAGCCGCCCCAAAGCACCGGGAACGGCAGCGGCGGCGGCGGCGGCGGCGGCAAUGGUAGCCUCGGCAGCGGUGGCAGCGGCGGCGGCGGCCCCUCCGCGUCGGUGGGGGUCUCGGAGUUUAAUAAUUACUAUGGCAGCGCUCCCCCUGCGAGCGGCGGCACAGGCAGCCGAGCCGGGCCUUGCUUUGAUCAACAUGGCGGACAACAAAGCCCCGGGAUGGGGAUGAUGCACCCGGCCGCCGCCGCUGCCGGGCCCCCCAACAGCAUGGACCCUUUGCAAAACUCCCACGAAGGCUACCCCAACAGCCAGUACAACCAUUAUCCCGGCUACGGCCGGCCCGGCGCGGGAGGCGGAGGAGGCGGCGGCAGCGGCGGCGGCGGCGGCGGAGGAGGAGGAGGAGGAGGAGGAGGUAGUGGAGUAGGAGGAGGAGGAGGAGGAGGAGCAGGAGCGGGAGCAGGAGCAGUGGCGGCGGCGGCCGCAGCGGCGGCGGCAGCAGCAGCAGCAGCGGGAGGCGGCGGCGGCGGCGGCGGCUAUGGGGGCUCGUCCUCGGGCUACGGGGUGCUGAGCACCCCCCGGCAGCAGGGCAGCAGCAUGAUGAUGGGCCCGGGAGGCGGCGGCGGCGGCGGCGGAGGAGGAGGCGGUGGAGGCGGCGGCGGCGGCGGCGGCGGGGCUGCUAGCCUGGGCAAGGCUGCCGCUGCUGCCAGUUCUGCCGCGGGAGGUUUUCAGCGCUUCGCCGGGCAGAACCAGCACCCUUCGGGGGCCACGCCGACCCUCAAUCAGCUGCUGACUUCCCCGAGCCCUAUGAUGAGGAGCUACGGCAGCAGCUACCCCGAUUACAGCGGCAACCCCAAUGCCCCAGGCCAGCAGCAGUCCCAGGCGCAGGGAGCGGCGGGGGCUGCUCCAGGAAGCCAGCAGGCAGCAGCGGGCAUGGGCAUGGGCAAAGAUCUGGGCUCCCAGUAUGGAACUGCAAACCCCGGCUGGGCAGCGGCACAACAAAGAAAUCAUCCAGCUAUGAGCCCUGGAAACACUGGACAGACCAUUAACAGAUCCCAGGGCAGUCCAAUGGAUCCAAUGGUAAUGAAGAGACCUCAGUUGUAUGGAAUGGGCAAUAAUCCUCAUUCCCAGCCUCAGCAAAGCAGUCCAUACCCCGGGGGAUCAUAUGGUCCCCCUGGCCCACAGCGUUAUCCAAUUGGAAUCCAGGGACGGACGCCAGGUGCAAUGGGAGGAAUGCAAUAUCCACAGCAACAGAUGCCGCCUCAGUAUGGUCAGCAAGGUGUAAGUGGUUACUGCCAACAGGGCCAACAACCAUAUUACAACCAGCAACCACAGCCUCAGCACCUACCACCCCAGGCACAAUAUCUGUCAACGCAGGCCCAGCAGAGGUACCAAACACAGCAGGACAUGACUCAGGAAGGCUAUGGAACUAGAUCCCAACCUCCUAUGGCACCAGGAAAGCCUAACCAUGAAGACUUGAACCUAAUACAGCAAGAAAGACCAUCAAGUUUACCAGACUUGUCCGGCUCCAUUGAUGACCUGCCCACAGGAACAGAAGCAACACUGAGUUCAGCAGUUAGUGCUUCAGGCUCCACCAGCAGCCAAGGAGAUCAGAGCAAUCCUGCACAGUCACCCUUCUCUCCUCAUGCUUCCCCCCAUCUUUCCAGUAUCCCAGGGGGCCCGUCACCUUCCCCCGUGGGCUCUCCUGUUGGGAGCAACCAGUCAAGAUCGGGCCCAAUUUCUCCUGCGAGUAUUCCAGGCAGUCAGAUGCCACCUCAGCCUCCUGGUAGCCAAUCAGAAUCCAGUUCCCAUCCAGCCUUGAGCCAGUCACCAAUGCCACAGGAACGAGGUUUUAUGACAGGCACACAAAGGAACCCUCAGAUGUCUCAAUAUGGGCCUCAACAAACUGGACCAUCUAUGUCACCUCAUCCUUCCCCUGGAGGACAGAUACAUCCUGGAAUCAGUAGCUUUCAGCAGAGUAACUCUAGUGGGGCAUAUGGUCCUCAGAUGAGCCAAUAUGGACCGCAAGGUAACUACUCCAGACCUCCAACAUAUAGUGGGGUGCCCAGUGCAAGCUACAGUGGCCCAGGGCCUGGCAUGGGUAUCAAUGCCAAUAACCAGAUGCAUGGACAAGGGCCAAGCCAGCCAUGUGGGACCAUGCCCCUGGGACGGAUGCCAUCAGCUGGGAUGCAGAGCAGACCAUUUCCUGGAAACAUGAGCAGUAUGACACCCAAUUCUCCUGGCAUGGCUCAGCAAGGAGGGCCCGGAAUGGGCCCCCCAAUGCCAACUGUGAACCGUAAGGCACAGGAGGCCGCAGCUGCAGUGAUGCAAGCUGCUGCAAACUCAGCUCAAAGCAGGCAAGGCAGUUUUCCUGGCAUGAAUCAAAGUGGACUAAUGGGUUCCAGCUCCCCUUACAGCCAGCCCAUGAACAACAGUUCCAGCUUGAUGAACCCACAAGCCCCUCCUUACAGCAUGACCCCCAACAUGGUGAAUAGUUCAACAGCAUCUAUGGGUCUUGCAGAUAUGAUGUCACCUGGUGAGUCCAAAUUGCCCGUGCCUCUCAAAACAGAUGGUAAAGAAGAAGGCACUCCUCAGGCUGAGAGCAAGUCAAAGGAUAGCUACAGCUCUCAGGGUAUUUCUCAGCCCCCAACCCCAGGCAACCUUCCAGUCCCUUCCCCAAUGUCCCCAAGCUCUGCUAGCAUCUCCUCAUUUCAUGGAGAUGAAAGUGAUAGCAUUAGCAGCCCAGGCUGGCCAAAGACUCCAUCAAGCCCUAAAUCGAGCUCUUCUACAACCACUGGGGAGAAGAUCACAAGAGUGUAUGAGCUGGGGAACGAGCCUGAGCGCAAGCUGUGGGUAGACAGAUACCUGACCUUCAUGGAGGAGCGAGGCUCACCUGUGGCCAGUCUGCCAGCAGUCGGCAAAAAGCCCCUGGACCUGUUCAGACUCUAUGUCUGCGUCAAAGAGAUUGGAGGCUUGGCACAGGUUAAUAAAAACAAAAAGUGGCGUGAGCUGGCCACCAACCUGAAUGUGGGCACUUCUAGCAGUGCAGCCAGCUCCCUGAAAAAGCAGUAUAUUCAGUACCUGUUUGCCUUUGAGUGCAAGAUUGAAAGAGGGGAGGAACCCCCUCCAGAAGUCUUCAGCACUGGAGAUACUAAGAAACAAGCUAAGAUUCAGCCGCCAUCUCCUGCUAAUUCGGGAUCCUUACAAGGUCCACAGACCCCCCAGUCAACUGGUAGUAACUCCAUGGCAGAAGUGCCAGGUGAUCUGAAGCCCCCCACACCAGCCUCUACACCUCAUGGACAGAUGACACCAAUGCCAGGUGGCAGGAACAGUGCAGUCAGUGUGCAUGACCCCUUCUCGGAUGUGAGUGACUCCUCAUUCCCCAAACGGAACUCCAUGACACCAAAUGCACCAUACCAGCAGGGCAUGAACAUUCCAGACAUGAUGGGAAGGAUGCCCUAUGAACCUAACAAGGACCCCUUUGGUGGAAUGAGAAAAGUGUCUGGAAGCAACGAACCCUUCGUGACACCAGGACAGAUGCCUAAUAGUGGGAUGCAAGAUAUGUAUAACCAAGCCCCAACUGGAGCAAUAUCUAAUAUGGGCAUGGGCCAGAGGCAGCAGUUUCCGUAUGGAGCCACUUAUGACAGAAGGCAUGAGCCUUAUGGGCAGCAGUAUCCUGGACAAGGACCUCCCUCAGGACAACCACCAUAUGGAGGGCACCAGCCUGGAAUAUAUCCACAGCAACCGAACUACAAACGUCACAUGGAUGGCAUGUAUGGACCCCCGGCAAAACGCCACGAGGGAGACAUGUAUAACGUUCAGUAUGGCAGCCAGCAGCAAGAAAUGUAUAACCAGUACGGCAGUACUUACUCCGGACCAGACAGGAGGCCCAUCCAGGGACAAUAUCCAUAUCCUUAUAACAGAGAACGAAUGCAGGGCCCAGGUCAGAUGCAGCAACAUGGUAUACCUCCUCAGAUGAUUGGUGGCCCCAUGCAGUCAUCCUCAAGUGAGGGUCCUCAGCAGAAUAUGUGGCCAACACGCAAUGAUAUGCCUUACCCGUACCAGAACAGGCAAGGACCAGGAGGCCCUGCACAGGCUCCCCCUUAUCCAGGAAUGAACCGCACUGAUGAAAUGAUGGUACCUGAUCAGAGGAUAAACCACGAGAGCCAGUGGCCUUCCCAUGUCAACCAACGGCAGCCUUAUAUGUCAUCUUCAGCCUCCAUGCAGCCCAUCACUCGACCUCCUCAGUCAUCCUACCAGACACCACCAUCGAUGCCAAACCACAUCUCCAGGGCUCCCAGCCCAGCAUCCUUCCAACGUUCCUUAGAGAACCGCAUGUCUCCAAGCAAAUCUCCCUUCUUGCCCUCCAUGAAGAUGCAGAAGGUUAUACCCACGGUUCCAGCAUCACAGGUCACAGGGCCACCACCCCAGCCACCCCCAAUUCGACGAGAGAUCACCUUCCCUCCAGGGUCUGUAGAAGCAUCACAACCUGUCUUGAAACAAAGACGAAAGAUUACCUCAAAAGAUAUUGUAACGUCCUGAGGCGUGCGUGUGAUGAUGUCCCUUAAAUCGGGCCUUUUGGCUGAAAGUACAUGGGCUUUGGACACUAUUAAUAUCCUCCUCUAUGAUGACAGCACUGUGGCUACUUUCAAUCUCUCUCAGUUAUCUGGAUCUGAGCUUUUAGUAGAGUACUUUAGAAAAUGCCUGAUUGAUUUUGGAAUUCUAAUGGAAUAUGAGGUGGGAGACCGUCAAAAAGCACUUGAUCACAACGCGAAUAAGAAAGAUGACAGUCAGUCCUUGUCAGAUGACUCUGGGAAGGAAGAAGAAGAAGCUGAAUGUAUCGAUAUUUUGAUGAGGGAAGAGGAGGAGGAGGAGGAGGAAGACGAAGAAGAUGAAAAGACAGGAGCAGAAAAUAAGAGCGUGGUUUUGCUCUCCCGAGAUGCCAGUGUUGAUCCAAAAGAGAGGCCAAAGCAAUCAAGUAAAUUUGACAAACUGCCAGUAAAGAUAGUAAAGAAGAAUAAUCUGUUUGUUGUUGACCGAUCUGACAAACUAGGCCGUGUUCAGGAAUUCAAUAGUGGGCUUCUUCCCACUGGCAGCUUGGGGGGAGGUGACACAACUGAGCAUAUCCAGACUCACUUUGAGAGCAAGAUGGGAAAUUCCUCCUCGUACGGCGGACCCCUCCUGCCCUCAGCUCCUAGGAAAAAAAGAAAAGAUCUGGAAGGAAGAAGUGAAUUUGAGGAGCAUCCAGAGAAAAGCAUAAUAGCAACCAUUGAUGACGUCUUGUCAGCUCGGCCUGGAGCAUCUGAAGACUCAAGCCCUAGUAACCAGCCCGAAAGCAGUAAAUUUCCCUUUGGUAUAAACGAAGCCAAAAGCCACCGGAAUAUUAAACUGCUUGAGGAUGAGCCAAGGAGCCGAGAUGAGACUCCACUAUGCACCAUUGCCCAUUGGCAGGACUCUUUGGCCAAGCGUUGUAUCUGUGUGUCAAAUAUUGUCCGUAGCUUGUCUUUUGUGCCUGGCAAUGACGCCGAAAUGUCCAAUCCAGGCCUGGUGCUGAUCCUGGGGAAGCUGAUCCUUCUUCACCAUGCUCCAGAGAGAAAACGGGCACCUCAGACAUAUGAAAAAGAAGAAGAGGAGGACAAAGGGGUGACCUGCAGCAAGGAUGAGUGGUGGUGGGACUGCCUCGAGGUCUUAAGGGAUAAUACAUUGGUCACAUUAGCCAACAUUUCUGGGCAGCUAGACUUGUCUGCUUACACGGAAAGCAUCUGCUUGCCAAUUUUGGAUGGCUUGCUACACUGGAUGGUGUGCCCAUCCGCAGAGGCGCAAGAUCCCUUUCCCACUGUGGGACCCAACUGUCUGUCACCUCAAAGACUUGUGCUGGAGACCCUGUGUAAGCUCAGCAUCCAGGACAAUAAUGUGGACCUUAUCUUGGCCACCCCUCCAUUCAGCCGUCAGGAGAAACUCUACGCUACUUUAGUUAGGUACGUUGGAGACCGCAAAAACCCGGUCUGCCGAGAAAUGCCAUGGCGCUCUUAUCGAACCUUGCCCAAGGGGGAUGCGUUAGCAGCAAGGGCAAUAGCUGUGCAGAAGGGAAGCAUCGGAAACUUGAUAAGCUUCCUAGAGGAUGGGGUCACAAUGGCCCAGUACCAACAGAGCCAGCAUAACCUCAUGCAAAUGCAUCCUCCGCCUGAACCACCUAGCGUAACAUGAUGUGCAGGGCGGGCCAAGGCCUUGCUAGCUAUGGCCAGAGUGGACGAAAACCGCUCCGAGUUCCUUUUAAACGAGGGCCGUUUGCUGGACAUCUCGAUAUCAGCUGUCCUGAACUCUCGUGCCUCUGUCAUCUGUGAUGUACUCUUUCAGAUUGGGCAGUUAUGACAUACGUGAGAAGCCAAGCAUGUGUGGGUGAAGAUGAGAGGGUCCCCUAUAACUGCUGUUUCUGUUCUUGUUUAUCCAGCAUAGAAAGAAGGAAAAGAAAAUCUUUGCUCCUCUGCCCCAUUCACUAUUUACCAAUUGGGAAUUAAAGAAAUUAAUUUGAACAGUUAUGAAAUUAAUAUUUGCUGUCUGUGUAUAAGUACAUCCUUUAUUUUUUUUUUUAACCAAAGUUGCUGUCUAGUACAUUCAAAGGUCACUUUUUGUUUUCAUAGAUUUCCUUUUCAGUGUUCUUCUCCAUGUUUGUAUUGCAUUUUUUUUUGGAAGCAAAUUAGUGACUUAAAAAAGUUGUGGCAAAACAUUAUAUGACCGGAAAACUGCACCACUUUGAAACAAAAAGGUGAAAAGCAACAUACCAACUUCCUGUGUGUCUUAUUUUUUUUUUCCAGAAACGAAAAAGUACCUGUAUCCCAUCACCCAAACCUCUGUGCAAUAGACACUUCUAGUGGAUGUAGGUAUAGGGAUCGAGGAGGUGUGUCAGUCAGUAGUCAAACUAGGAAAUUGAUAUCAGUUUCUCCACAGGAGAAUGGUUACAUUAGGCUAGGGGCAAAAAACAAUUUUUUUUAAAGUUAAGAUUGAAAACACAUACCGGAUGACGAUCAUCAUAAAUUGCUUCCUCACCAUUACUGUCAUGUCCUGCUAUCUAUUGUUUGACCUUCCACAAUGACAGUUCUUCACAAUUCCUGUUAAUCAUUUUUAAAUAUUUUUUUUACUGCCUAAGGGCCGUGAUGUAUAUAGAAGUUUGUACAUUGAACAUACCCUCAUUUUUUCCUUUUCUUUUUCCUUUUUUUUUUUUUAGUACAGGAAGGUUGUUAGUUUCUUUUUCAUGAUGUGGUAACUACAAAGUGAUGGUAGAUUUAAAUAAUUUUUUAUUUUAUUUUAUAUAUUUUUUUUCAUUAGGGCGCAUAUGCUCCAAAAAAACAAAAAACACAAAAACAAAAAAAACAAAAAACAUCAAAAAAAAAAAAACCGAGGGUAAUGUAAGCAAGUUUCUGUAUGUAUAAAGUCAUGCUCAAUUUCGGGGAGAGCAGCCGAUCACAAUUGCUUCAUGAAUCAAGGUGUGGAAAUGGUUGCGUAUGGAUUGGAUUUAGAAAAUGGUUAUCAGUACAGACAAAAAAAAGAAAUAUACAGAAAAGAAGGAAGAAACACAACUUCAAGAGAUUUUUCAGUGAUGAGAAUCCGCAUUUGUAUUUCAAGAUAAUGUAGUUAAAAAAGAAAAAAAGAAAAAAAAACUUGAUGUAAGAUUCCUCCUUUUCCUCUGCUAAUGAAUAUCAUUUAUUCAGUAUAAAAUCUUUAUAUGUUCCACAUGUUAAGAAUAAAUGUACAUUAAAUCUUGUAAGCACUGGUGAUGGGGUGUUCUGGAAUACUGUUCUGGUUUCUUUAAGGAUAUACAUAGCAACAGAGCAAUUAUAAAAAAUAUUGAGAAAUUACAAUAGCAUGCCCACCAGCUCCCUCAUUGGAAGAACCAGAGGCUGGAAAGUAAUUUUAAAAAGGUCGCUCUACUUCUUAAUGGAGUGAGUUAGUUAGAUGUUCCCAAAUUGUUCAACUGGUCAGUCAUCCUCUGGAUCAAUAAAUUCUUAAUAAUGUAGAGCUGGGAUCCUUUUAGUUUAAAAGGGAGAUGGCCACUAACUUUAGAAAUAUUCAGUAUAUCCUUAGAUGUGAUGAGGAAAGCCUUAGGAAGCUUGCUGGUUGGCCAGAAAUACAUUCUCCCUGUUCUGAAACCUUCUCUGCCUUAAUGAAAGUUAGGCCCGUUUUGUGUUUCCCUCACAUGGCUGGAAAAUUCUUGGCAUGUGUUCAUUCCAGCUUAGCACACACACCCUACACUAAGUGAGUACCUUGGUAAAUGAAUGUGUUCAUAUUCAACACAGUGAGAGAUUAGCAUUUACAUUUCAGGGCAUGACAAGGUUUCUAAUGCAUCCACAUUCUCACCUCCCCCUGGUGCAUAUUAGCCUUGAAAACCGUUUAAAAAAAAAAAAACACCUAAUUUAACUUUUUUUUCCUGGGUCAUUGACUGUUACUGUGUAACAAUCAAUUUCUGUGAAUUGCUUGCAUGGUGAUACUGUUGGUGGGCACCUUCUUUUUCUGACUUCUACCCAUUACAUUCUACCCUUGCAAUCACAAUGUGCUCAAGAAUUACUGAUCCCCACAGGCAUACUGAUUAUCUUUUCCCCCAUAAUUCACUGUAAUAUACUGGAAGAGUUAGACAAGUACAUACAGUUAUAAUCAGAGUGUGAAACGUGAUUCCCUAAUGUCACGAAAAAAAAAUCAUUUUUCCUACAGGAAGACUCAUCAUCUAUUUACUCCCACAUUACUUACUUUACUUAUUACAUAAUAAUGCAGCUAAAUAUAUGUUGAAUUAAAAACCUAUUUAUAAUUCUAUGUUAGAUAUGUUUACUAAGAAUAGGAUUUGAUGCUCAGCUUUAAAAUCUGGAGGUUUGUCAGAGGAAUUCAAUAUUAUUCCAGCUUCUCUACCUAGCGCAAGGGUGGAAAGUGUUAUCCAAACCCCUUUAGGUAAUCUCACAUGCCAAUUCUCUCAUCAAGCAAGAAGUUAAAAAAAAAAAAAAGUAGUAAUGACUUUUAUUUGACAUGAUUUGAUUUAUGAUCAAUAUCCUGCAUCACACCUUUAUUAAUAUGCCUCUAAGUACAGGAAAAAUCCAGGACCAAUUUCUCAAAAAAAAUUUUUUUAAUUUCAUCAUCUUGACCACAAUCUAAGAAGUUUACAACCCCCAGAAUCAGGACUUCCAGAAGUCCUUGCAGACUUUGCAUGCCCAUUUGAGAGCCAGCUGAUAGCUUUGUCCUAGCUAUUCGCUUUUGUUUUACUUUUGUCUUGUCAGAGAUUCACAAUAACCCAAACUCAGCCCCCUGCCCCCCCCCAAAAAAAAAAGAAAGAUGCAAAGAAGAUUUCAUUUUUUGGAAAUCUGCUAUAGGUUGAAUCUGCUGGCAUUUGAGUGGGAUAAUUUCUUUACAUGUCAGGUAGAGAAAGAUUGUGGAGUGGCAUCUGCUGAAGAAAACAGCCUUUUUUUUCAAGCCAGUUUAUACUGAUAGGGUUAUUCUCUCCCAUUGCUGGGCUAACAGUUUACAAUGGCUUUGUUAAUGGAGAAUAAUAUAAAACCAGGAUUCUUAAGCUAUUAACUACCUCUUUUAUGAAAAGCAGAUGGCCUUUAACACUGAAACCUGUGCAUUUAAAAAUUUUGUUAUGUGUUGCACUUUUUUUCAUUGUCUACUUAGCUCUAGCAUCUCUUGCAGGGAAGCAAAAAACAUAUUUUACUUAUAACAGAAAUAAUUAAUUCAAUAACAUUUACUGAACAAAUAAUAUGAGCAAGGCAUUCUACAAGGUGCCAAAGGAGGUCAUAAAAAUGAAUAAGACAGUUUCCC